AUGUCAGUAAAUGAAAAGACACCUAUGAAGGCAAACUUCUUAACAGACUUCCUAAUGGGAGGUAUUUCAGCAGCAAUAGCUAAGACAGGUGCAGCACCAAUUGAAAGAGUUAAAUUGAUGAUGCAAAAUCAAGAUGAAAUGGUUAAACAAGGUACUCUUGAUAGAAAAUAUGAAGGCAUCAUAGAUUGCUUCAAGAGAACUGCCAAGACACAAGGUGUGUUAUCAUUCUGGAGAGGUAAUACUGCAAAUGUGAUUAGGUACUUUCCAACACAGGCAUUAAAUUUUGCCUUUAAAGAUCAUAUAAAGGGUAUGUUUGGUUAUACUAAAGAGGUUGAUGGAUAUGGUAAAUGGUUCGCAGGGAAUUUAUUUUCAGGUGGUGCAGCUGGAGCAUUAUCGUUAUCAUUUGUAUACUCAUUGGACUAUGCAAGAACUAGAUUAGCAGCAGAUGCUAGAGCAUCACAUGAAUUGAAAGGGCAACAACGUCAGUUUAAUGGAUUACUCGAUGUUUACAAAAAGACAAUGGCCACCGAUGGAUUCGUUGGUUUAUAUCGAGGAUUUGUUCCUUCAGUGAUUGGAAUAAUUGUAUAUCGAGGGUUAUAUUUUGGUCUAUAUGAUUCUUUAAAGCCAAUAUUAUUAACAGGAAAAAUGGCCAAUUCAUUCAUUGCCUCAUUCGCUCUUGGUUGGGUCAUCACAACAGUUGCAUCAACAAUCUCAUAUCCAUUAGAUACAGUAAGAAGGAGGAUGAUGAUGACUUCAGGCCAAACCAUAAAAUACAAAGGAGCAUAUGAUUGUUUUACGCAAAUUUUAACAACAGAAGGUCCCAAAUCAUUAUUCAAAGGGUGUGGUGCAAAUAUCUUCAGAAGCGUAGCUGCUGCAGGUGUUAUCUCGUUAUAUGAUCAAUUGCAAAUGAUAAUGUUUGGUAAAAAAUUCAAAGAAUAA